UCUAUAAGUCACGUGACUUGUAUUGCUUUUGUAUUGAAAACAAACGAUUGAAUUAUUGAAUCAAUAGUUUAUCACAAUAUUAGUCAUCGCUGACGAAGACUAUGAAUAUCUUAAGACAUAAGUCAUGGCACGUAAGGAAUAGAAAUAAUAUUGAAAGAGUUCGCAGGGAUGAAGAAAAUGCCCGCAAAGAAGAGUUGGCUAAACAAAGACGGGUCGAUGAGGCCGAGUGUGAGGCAAGAGUUACACUUCUUCGGCAACGACGAGGACUCACUUCAUUAGACACUGCCAUUGAUUCAGACAAUAGUGACCACAAGUUGGGCGUCUUUAAGGAUGUCGGAGACAAAAUUGAGACCAAAAAUAUUGAACACGAGAAAGAAGUUAAACAAGAGAGAGAUGAGUUCGAGACUAAGACAGGAAUAUUGAAGUAUUUGGUCGACAAAGACAUCGAUGGCAGCAAUAAUUGGUAUUUGGAGUCACAUGAGAAACGCAUGAAACUCAUUAAAGAUGACAAUGACAACAAUGAUCUACAAAAACAACUCAAAGAUAGUAAAUUGAAACACAUGAGUGAUCCACUUGAAGUGAUGAAGAAAUAUUUGGAUCAAAUGAGAAGUAAAAAUAAUAAUAAUAAUAAAAACAGUGAUAACAAAAAAUAUGAUAAACGCAAGGAUUUAGAUAAAUGUAAAAAUAGUAUUGAGAAGAGAGAGAUACAGAAGAAAUCAACAAAACAUAAGAAACAGAAACACAAGAAACAUAAGAAAAGAAAACGUUAUUCAAGUGACUCAAGUUCUUCGAGUUCUAGUGAAGAACGAUCAAAGAGGUUGUCCAAGAGUUUGGAACAACUGAGAGCCGAACGACUCGAAAGAGAAAAAACUGAGAGACAGAGGGCUCAAGAGCUGAUCUAUGGUAAGGAAGUGAAUAAGGAAGCAGUGGUUUUGGACGAUAGACUUCGCACAUAUAACUCACAAUUUAAUCCAGAGAUCGCCCGACAAAAAAGCGAUAGAUUUUAAUUACAUUUUA